CAUAUUUUUUCGCGCUUAUUCAUUGGCUGAUUACGGCAGAGGAAGCGGUGGAAUUAACGCACACGUGGGUUGCUUGGAAGUGUAUGUUCGUCGUUUGGAGGAAGACCUUUUACUCUGCCUGCAGGGAAAUCGCUAACGUUUUAAUUAUUCGCAGCAAUGUUCCUGCAGUACUACCUCGAUGAGCAAGGAGACAGGGUCUACACUCUUAAGAAAGUGGCUCCUUCUGGCCAGCCAACGUGUUCGGCUCAUCCUGCCCGCUUCUCCCCAGAUGACAAGUAUUCUCGGCACAGGGUCACCAUCAAGAAACGCUUUGGAGUCCUGAUGACCCAGCAGCCUCGACCUGUUGUGUAAAUUGUGUCCCUCCAAUGAUAGUAGGGACAGCGGCAGCCCAUCCGAGAUGAGGCAAGCUUCUUCCAAAGCAGUCUUGACAUAGCAAACAACAGUGACAGAUCUGCGUUUCUUCAUUCCACUUUAUCCUUAGGACUUCUAGAGGGCCGCUAAUGAUGUUUUGAAGCUCCACUCGAUUUUCUUUGUACACUACGGAAGUGCAUUCUUCAAAAGAGCUUGAAUUCCUUUAAGUCCACCUGUUUGGCUUCCUGAUUCUGGAAAUAAAAUGAAAUCUGUCAUUUGUUUUAUGUCUUUAA